CAUAUUAUUGAUAAUCGAACAUCGUGCUGGCCACAGGUGGGAAACGCCAUGGAUGAAAGUGGACAUCACCGUCGCCGAAACCGGAACCCUCCCUCUUCCCAUUCUUCUUCAUUCACCGGAACAGGAGGUUUUCGUCGUCGCGAACUCUCUUCUCAUCCGACCAAAUCCUCGAACUUUGUUUCGAGCACUUCAACCAGCAGUCUUAACAAUUCAAGGGAUCUCAAGCAAAUCCCUAAUUGGAAACACAGAAGAAAUAGUAGCCAAGAAGAGAAGGGAGAAGAAGGAGGGACCGAUGAUUCCUUUACUCCUGUAAUUGGAACUUGCCUUUUCAUGUGUCCAGAAGGGGAGAGGACUCAACGGGAGCGGCUACGAGAUUUGGCUGUUUUUGAGAGGUUAAAUGGAGAUCCUAGAAAAACAUCACCAGAUUUAGCUGUCAAAAAGUUUUGUAGAACUAUCUCCAACAAGUAUAUCCAAGCAUCAGAUGUGCGGCCUCUUCCAGUUUUGGAAGAUACAUUGAAAUACCUUCUAGACUUGCUGGAUUCCAGCGAUCAUCCUUUCGAAGUUGUUCAUGACUUCAUUUUUGAUAGGACAAGGUCCAUUAGGCAGGAUCUUAGCAUGCAGAAUAUUGUCAAUGAAAGAGCCAUCCACAUGUAUGAGGAAGUGGUAAAAUUUCAUAUAAUAUCUCACCUCAAGCUUCAAAGUUGUAGUGGAUCAAACAUUUCUUCUUUGCGUUACCUCAACAUGGAGCAGCUUACCAAGGCUUUGGCCUCUUUAUAUAAUCUAUAUGAUUUAAAUCGGAACGUCAACUCUGUUUUUGAGAAUGAAGCUGAGUUCCGUUCAUUUUAUGUGCUUCUGCACCUUAAUUCUAGGAGCCAACCAAUGGGUGAGUCACUUUCUUUGUGGUUACGUCUCUUGCCGUCUUCAAUCAUCAAGUCAAAAGAAAUGUGUUUUUCCCGGAGAGUUUUACGAUAUUUCCGGAUGGGUAAUUAUAAGUCUUUUUUCUGUACCAUAGCUGGAGAGGCAUCAUAUCUACAGUACUGCAUUAUGAAACUUUACAUAGGCGAGGUAAUCAAAUAUAUCCAAUUUUGUCUUAAGCUUUUUGUGUCAUCCUCAUUUCACUUUUGGACACUAUCCUUUUUAACCUUAGCAUUGACCAAAUUGAUCUGCACAUAAUUAUAAUAUGUAUGUCAAUAGCAUAUGGUUAAAGUUUGCAUAAGUUGGGAUGAAAUUUGCAGCAAGAAAAAAGCAGUGUUUACUUGCUCCAUCUUCCUAUUAUGAUUGUUGACACUUGUUCAUGAUGCUGCCUACAAAACAUAUUGAUAACGCUUCCUGCAUCUACGUUUUUUUCUCGGAUACCAUAAAGGUUCGAGCUCUGGCAGUUUCAUAUAUAAACAAUUGCUGCUACAAGCUUCAUCCAUAUCCUUUGACACACUUGUCGAAACUUUUGAUGAUGAAGGAAUCAGAUAUGGAAUCCUUAUGCAAUGCAUGUGGUCUUGAAACCACAGCAGACGAAAGUGGAAAUAAGUUGUUACCAACCAAGCAAACAACUUUUUGUAUUCCCAAGGAAGGAUUUCAAAGUUAUGACCUUUUAGGCUUGCAAGAAUUUGAGAGGUGACUGCGAUGGGUUUUCUGGUCUCCUGUUGUUGUUUUGGCAGUCAUCAAUGUUUAGGUAGUAAAGAAAGAUCAUCAAAAUCAUCAUCCAAACACUGCCUGUAAAGUAAGAUAAUUUAUAUUUGUACACUAGGAAUAAUCAUUCCCAACAAGCUUUCAAUG